AAAGCAUUAGCAUACAGUUAUGCUGAUUAUGGGGAUUUGUUAAAAGGUACAAGUAUAUGGGGAAAUGCAAAUACUAAACAACUUGAAAUAAAUUUAAAAAACAUAUUUGAAACUGUUUUCAAGAAUCAAAUUGAACAAAACGGACAAACGAGCGGUUCAAAUAAAUAUCCUGGAGAUUUGAAAUUAUUAAGAGAAGCGUGGUGGAAUACGAACAAAAAAUAUAUAUUGGGCGCUUUGAUAUUUGGUGCAGAAACGUUAGAAGGAAAAAAUGGUGCACCAUGUGUAUCCGAAAUGAAACAUUCUCCCCCAACGGCCGAUUAUAUCCCACAAUUUUUAAGAUUUGCUCAGGAAUGGAUCGAAUAUUUUUGCGACCAACGGAAAGCAUAUGCAAAACAUGUGGUAGAGAAUUGUAAGAAAUGUAAAGAAGAAUCGGAUAAUUAUCACAAAAAAAACACUAUAGAUAAUAAAAAAGGUUUUGGUGUCACAAAUAGUGUUAUAAAUAAUAGUAACGAAAAUUAUGAAGGAGAAGGAGGAAAAUGUUGGGAGAAUAAUGUAAAAGUUGCAAAUACUAUUGGGAAAUGUGAUAAAUGCAAAAGUGCAUGUGAGAUAUUUAAAUCAUUCGUUGAAGGAAAUGCUGAAAAAGAUGAAGAAAACAAAAAAUGGAGAGAUCGAUGGCAACAAAUGGAUAGAAUAUAUGGAGACUUAAUUAAAACCGCGAAGAAAGAAAUAGAUGACUAUAAAGAAGCACGAAGAAAACAACUAGUGUUCCAACAAGAACAACUACCACAAGGAUCGCAAAGUAUUAAUAGUGUCAGUAUUCAACCGUAUAUGAUGAAAUGUGGUGAUAAUAAUGAAUGUCUCAAACCUGAUAGCGACGCGUUUUACCAAUAUUUGGCAUAUAACGGCUAUACAACACUUAAUAGUUAUAUGAAUUUGGUAUUAAAAGAUAUGGAAUGUGGGAACGAUAAACCUAGAUGGGAUCGAUCCACAGUGGUAAAAAACGCAAAUAGUGGCAAAAGGCCUAGUAAUAAUAAGACGAAAUUGAUAUAUCCACAACUUUUUGGAGAGCGCCCUGUAGGAUACAAAUAUGCCUGUGAUUGCCGUAUCCCUUCACGAGAAGAACUUUGUCGUGAUAACCAUAUGUAUAAUACGAGAUGGGAAUGUGGAAAGGAUGGUAGGGUCGACAGUAGUAGUAUCCAAGUACAGUCACGUAAGAGAAAUAUUGCACCAAAUGUAGAACAAACAUAUGUAUUGUGUAAUCUCAGACAUGAUGAAACUGACGAAGCAGAUCAAACAUCCACUAGGGGUCCAACGAGUGCAUCUGUAUUUGGUGCAAACUUAAGUGCUGAAGACCUCGAAUUUUUUAAUUCGUUCGAUUCAUGGUAUAAAGAUAUACAAGAUAAAUUAGAUCGUCAUUUUCAUCGUAUUAAUCGUGAUUGUAAACUAGAAAAUAUUAUGUCGCAAAGUGAUGGUGCGGCUCCCACAAUUUCUGCAGAAUGCCAAACCUGUCGUGACAAUUGUGAAUGUUAUAAACUAUGGGUGAAAAAUAUGAAAAACCAAUGGGAUGAACAGAAGACAAAUUACGGGAAAUUUCAGAACAAAUCAAUUAAUCAAAAUAUUUCGUUGAAUGAUUAUUUAUUUACUAGAUGUUGGGCAGAAUAUUUUGAGAAGUAUGUUAAAUCCAAAACGCUUAAGGAAAUUAAUCCCGUAGAUGAUAUUCAUAUUAUCAAUUUGUUACGAGAACGAUGUGGUGAUAAAAAAGAAAAAGGAGAAGAAACAUUCCAAGAAAGGAUAAAUAAAGCUGAGAAUCAGAAAAGAAAAUGUCAUAAAAAACAAGAAAGAUGCAAAAAUCCUGAAGCAGCACCUAAAUGUAGUGGGAUGGAUGGUAAUGUUAGUGAUUGUCAUAAAAAGUAUUAUGAUAAUACCAUUGGUGGGAAAACGUGGGACUGUAAACAAACUUCUAAUGGUAGGGCAAAAUUAAAUACAGGACAAUGUAUUCCCCCACGAACUCAAACAUUAUGUAUAGCAAACAUGCAUAAUGGUAAUAUACUAAUAAAAAAUGUUCACAAAGAUGUUUUGGAAAAAAAAUUAAAAGAGGCCAUGAAAAAAGAAACAGAGAAUUUAUACAAUUAUUAUAAAGAAGGAAAACCUAUAAUUACAACAAGUAGCCAAACCGAUCAAAAUGGUAUGCCACAAAAUUUUUGUCAUGCUGCAAAACGAACAUAUAAUGAUUUUAAACAUAUGGUCAUAGGAGAUAUGUUAUGGAAAGGAGGACGUUUUGGUGACAUAGAUAAAGAAAUAAAAGAAAUUAUAGAACAGAAUGUUAAAACGGGUGGCGCUACCACUAGGAAAGACUGGUGGGAUACACACAGUGACGAUUUUUGGAAUGCUAUCAAAUGUGGGAUUCAAACACAAAUCAAACCAGAUGAUUCUGGGGAACAUUUUAGUGGUAAUGAGUGUGGUGUGUUCCCCCCAGAUGAUACGGAUAACCAAUUUGUUUGGUGGUUCAAGGAAUGGGGUCAACAAUUUUGCAUCGAACGGAAAAAACAUAUAGAAGCGAUAAACGAAGUGUGUGAUUCGUUAUGGUAUAAUAGGUGUAAUAGUAAUACAGAAAAAACAUUGAAAGAAGUAUGUCAACAAAAAUGCAAGGAAUACAAAGAUUUUAUUCAACAAAAACAUUCAGAAUGGACACAACAGAAAAACAUAUAUGAGAGUGAAAAUCCAGAAAUGUUUGCGCACGAAUUAUUUUCACAACAUUAUCCUGAAUGUGUAGAUACAAAUUUCGAACUUAUAUUUGAAGAAAAGUUCUCAGAAAAUAGUAAACCAUCAAAAACAGAAUUGAAAUAUUAUUAUGCCGAUGCUAGUGAUAUAUGUUCCUGCAAAGACCAAACAUAUGCGUGUAAGAACGAUGGUAAUAAAUCAACAUGUAAAGAAAAAGGUAGCGAUGUAACCAGUUGGCGUACUCAUUUAUUAAAAACUGGAAAUGACGGCAAACAAUUACGUGGCGUCUACGUUCCUCCGAGACGCCAAAAAUUAUGUCUAGCAAAUUUAUAUCCAAUAAUUUUUGGAAAAGACAAAAAUAAAAAUAACGAUAAUAGUACAAAAAAGAACGAGUUAUUGAAUAGAUUUAAAAUAGUUGCAGAAAGAGAAGCAUACUUUUUAUGGAAACAAUAUCAUCCAAUUGGAAAAAAGGAUAAUGAUGAUGCACAUAGACAAGCCUGCUGUGCUAUCAGGUCAAGUUUUUUUGAUAUUGGAGAUAUUGUUAAAGGUGCAGAUAUAUGGGACGAUCCUAGCAAAACAUAUAUAAACAAAACUUUAAACGAUAUAUUUGGAAAAGAAUUAGAAGAAUUAAAAAAAAAACAAAAAGUACCAACAUACGAAAAUCCUAUUUUAUAUUUAAGAAAAAAAUGGUGGGAAAUAGACGAAACUGUUGGUAAUAGUGGAAAUAAUAAGAAAACCAACAGAGACAGUAUUUGGGACGCUAUGCAAUGCGGAGUCAAGAAUGCAAUAACAGAAUUAAACGGAACUGGGGAAGAAGUUAAGGAUAGCCAUUUGCCAAAGUGCCUACAAGAUAUAAAUCAAAAGCGUAAUGUCUACUUAGUUGCCACACCUCAAUUUGUUAGAUGGUUAGAAGAAUGGUCUCAACAGUUUUGCGAGGAAUACGCAAAACAUAUGGAACAAUUAGGAAAACAAUGUAAACAUAGAAGUGGUGAUAAUAAUUGCAAUGACCAUUCAAAUAAGAAUUGUAAAGAUGCUUGUGCAAAAUAUAAUGAUUGGAUAAGUUUAAAAAAAAAGGAAUGGGAUGGUUUGAGCAAAUAUUAUUCUAAAAUAUUACAAAUGGGAAAAAGUAGUGAUCAGUCCCCUGAUGGAACCGAUUACGAUGCAAUCACUCAACCUACAGCCAUUGAUUAUUUGAACCAAAAAUGUAAUAAAAACAUAGAUGGAACAAAUAAUUGUUGUCACUGUGAAAAUGUGGGUAAGACAUCCAGUGGUAGUAAUGAUAACCCACUGGAACAUAUGGACAAAGUCGUCAAUAAAAUUGACGACAAAUAUAAACAAUAUAUGUCACAAUGCACCAAAUGUUACAUUCAACAUAUAAAGGAUCAAAUAGAAAACAUAACUAAUAUGUUGAAUAUGGGAAAGGAGAAAAAUAUCAAGGGAAGGAGUAGUAGUUCCACGAAUCCGUGUUCCCAAACCACCACCAAACCCGCUAAAAAUGUAAAGGUAAUAGCACAAAUAUUACAGGGGAAAGCAAAAGGGCGAUUGGAUGGUACUCUUGAUAAAUUGGAAGGAAAAUUAUCCAAAGCGAAAUUUAAAAACAGCGUUAAAGAGGACACGUUGAAGGAUAGCGAUAUUUACAAUCUUGAUAAAAAUAAACAUACUAAUGAUAAACGUGAAAAAAAUCAGAGAACUGAUGGUCCGUGUCAAGGCAAAGGAAAAAGUAACGACCCAAAAUACCAGAGGUUUAAUAUAACAACCGAUUGGAAAGGUGAUGGAUUCGUAAGUGGUAAAUACCUUGAUGUCUAUAUACCCCCAAGAAGAGAACAUAUGUGUACUUCAAACUUGGAGAAUCUGGACACAAAUGCAAGCGGCCUCAAAGAUGCUAGUGUCAACCAUUCCUUUUUGGGAGAUGUAUUGCUUUCAGUAAAUUACGAAGCAAAAGAAAUAAUAGAAAUGUAUAAAAAACAUAAUGGUCUAAAUGAAUCAAAAGACCUAAAUGACCCAAAACAUCAGGCGACAAUAUGCCGUGCUAUGAAAUAUAGUUUUGCGGACUUAGGAGAUAUAAUAAAAGGAACAGAUUUUUGGGAUAAAGAUAUUGGCGCACAAAAUCUAGAAAAAGAUUUGGAAACAAUAUUUAAAAACAUUAAAGAGAGACAUAGUGACGACACCAUCAAAAAGAACCCCCAAUAUAUCAACAUUGACAAAUAUAAAAAAAUGAGAGAAGAUUGGUGGGAGGCUAAUAGAUCACAAGUCUGGGAAGCAAUGAAAUGUGUAAUAAGCAGUAGUGGUAUCACAUGUGAUCUCGAUACUAUGCUACCAUAUGAGGAUUAUAUCCCGCAACGUCUUCGAUGGAUGACAGAAUGGGCCGAAUGGUUCUGCAAGGCACAAAAACAAAAAUAUGAGGAGUUGGAGAAGGAUUGUAGGAAAUGUAUGAAUCAGGUUAAGGGUACAACAUGUACGAAAGAAUGUGCAGAAUGUAAAGCUAGGUGCCAAGCAUAUAGUGCAUUUAUUAAAAAUUGGGAAAAACAAUGGGGAAAAAUGAAAGAAAAAUAUGAGGAAUUAUACAAUCAAGCAACAACUAGUGGUGAUAAAACUACUACUACAGAUGAUAAAGACAAAAAAGUGGUGGAUUUCUUGAAAGAACUACAAAACCAAAAUAAAGGAAAUGACACAUAUUCUACUGCUUCAGGAUAUGUACAUGAAGUACUUAAAGAUACAGGUUGCAAUACACAAAAAGAAUUCUGUGAUAAAAAUAAUGGCAUCCAAAGUGGUGCUACAAACGAGAAAUAUGCUUUUAGCGAACAACCUCAUGGGUAUGAGAAUGCUUGUGGUUGUCAGGAGGAUACGGCACAAACAUCUGUGAUAACGACGACAAAGAGACAAGGAUCACAGGAACUGGACAGGAGUGGAUCACAUCAAUCGACGGCAGUUGUGACACCACAAUCAUCAUCGUCACAGCAUCCAGCCAUUGGUGGAAGUGGUGAUCCUAGUACACGUGGUCGAAGCACUGCAAAGGGCCAGGACCAAGGAACAACAUCAACUGGAGGAGGUGGAAGUGGAAUUGGAGAACCCCCCAAACAAAACACGAACCAAGCAAAACCAGAACCUGGUAAAGGCGUUGCUCCAUAUAAUAGUGAGCCAAAUAAGUCACCUGGUUCUGGUGUUAAACCUGUUGCGGCUCAUGGUACAACUCCUUCUCCUGAUCCUGGAAAACCUAUUGAUAAUGGUAGUAUUGGCACUAGUGCCGCUGCUUCUGUUGUUCAUCCUCCUCCUCCUAGACAUACUGAUGAACCAACAACGCCAACAGACCCAUAUGAAGAUUUAGAUACAUGUCCUUUUGAGAAUGGUGGCAGAGGUGGUACUACUACUGCUGUAAAUAAUGAUAAAUGUAAAAUUUUUGGUGUUAAUACCCGAUGUAUAAGUAAUAAAUAUGACAAUAAUUUGAAUAAUUGGAAAAUCGACUUUGUAAAAAAUAACAAUGCUCAAAAUGAAGGUGUGUUAAUGCCUCCAAGAAGAGGACAUUUAUGCAGAAACCCUUUUUUAGGAAAACGUUAUGGUUCAAAUGAAAAAGAUUCAUUUAUAAAUGAUUUUUAUACAGCGACGUUUAAUCAAGGAAUCCUUUUAGGAAAAACAUUUAAGGAUUCUAAUGAUGAUAAAACAGCAUAUAAUGCACUAAAAAAUAGCUUUUAUGAUUAUGGAGAUAUAGUCAAAGGUACAGAUAUAAUAGAAGAAAUACUGAUGAAUGAUUUAAAUGUUAGAUUAAAUAAAAUGUUUCCAGGAAAUAGUGGGAAUAUGGAAAAAAGUACUAUUCGUCGUGAUCACUGGUGGAAAACUAACAAAAAUAAAGUCUGGCACGCUAUGUUAUGUGGGUAUAAUAAAGGAAUAAAUAUUUCACUAAAUAUUAAACGAAGUAAAAUGUCAAAAGGGAUAUCGUCGCCAUCAGCAACAACUAAAAAUAUUCCCGAUAAUUGGUGCUCCGUACCUUCCGAUGACAAUACUCCUCAAUAUUUGCGCUGGAUGACCGAAUGGGCACGACAGUUUUGUGAAGAAAAAGGAAACGAAACCAUAUCAUUAGAAAAAAACUGUUUAGGUAAUGAUGGUGAUAAAACACAAUAUGGAACAAAUAAAGGAUACAAAUUAACAGAUCCUAAGUGUUUAUUGUCCAUGAAAAAAUAUAAGGAAUGGAUUGAUAGUAAACGUGAACAGUGGAAAUCAUGGGAAAAAUUAUACAAAAAAAACAAACAAAAUGUAAACGACAGCACAUCAAGUACCACUUCCCUACCUGGAACAUCCUCACAAGAAUUAUCAUCACAAAAAGAUGCAGAAAAAUAUGUACAAAUGAAUUGUGAUAAAUGUAACUGUAACAUUAAUAAUUUAGAGGAUAUGUAUAAACUCUUAGAUAAACCCAGUAUAAACUCUAUUAAACAAAUCGUUGCAAACGUUCAAGAGGAUAUACCAGAACUAAAAUUCGUAAUACGAAAUGAUGAUAUUAAAUUUGUACAAGAUCUGAUUAAAAACGUCACAAAAAAUGCAAAUAUUAUUGAAGAAAAAAUAAAUCCACAGGCAAAAGAAUUAGAAGUAAAUAAAACAAAAUCAAACACAUCUCCAGGUUUUCGUAUUCUUACUAAUUUGUGGAACACAAUAACAAAAACUGUUUUGACGUCUGCGGCUGCUGCUGGAAAAUUGGGUGUUGCUGCAACAACAGCAGCUAUUGAUACUGCUGCAGAUAUAAUUCCUCAAGCUGUAGAAGCUGGGUUAAAAGCUGGAAUAGGUGCUUUAGAUGGAAUAAAGAGUAUGAUUCCUAGUGGUAAAAGUGUGGAUGCUACCAAAGUUGAUUAUGGAAGCGCGUCAUCAAAAGGAUCGACCGCAUCACCAGGAACAUCUGGACAAUCUGCAAAAACAAAACCCUCAGCCUCAAAUGUGACAACCCUAAGCGACAUCUUAACUUAUACUGUCACUUUUCCAGUAGGAUUUUUAUUAGGUGCGUUUGGGUUCCUUUUCUUCUACCUGAAGAAAAAACCUAUACUUCGACCUACAAAGCUUUUUAGUGUCAUCAAUAUACCACAAAAUGAUUAUGGCAUCCCUGAUGAAACAUCUACCAAUCGGUAUAUUCCAUAUGGUCGAUAUAAAGGCAAAACAUACAUUUAUGUGGAAGAACAUUGUAGUGGUAGAGACAAUAUCUUUGAGUCUGACACUACCGAUAUAACUUCGUCAGAAAGCGAGUAUGAAGAACUGCAUAUUAACGAUAUAUAUAAAUAUAAAUCACCAAAAUAUAAAACUUUAAUUGACUUAGUACUAAAACCAAGCAGCAAAACACAUGAUGCUGAAAAUACACAUAUAGAUCAUAUGGAGGAUACAAUUCAUACACCUACCAAUAAUCCUACCGAUGAUGAAUGGAAUCAACUAAAACAGGAUUUUAUUUCGCAAUAUUUAGAAAACAUACCAAAGGAUUUACCUAAUGAAAAUACCGUUGAUGAUAAUAUGCCUAAGGAUAUCCAACCUGAUAUUUUACCCAAUAAUAUGGAAGAAAAACCUUUUGUUACAUUCAUUCAAGAUAGAUUUCUUGAUAGUAGUCGUGAAGAUGUUACUUAUAAUAUAAAUUGGAAUGUUCCAAAACAUACACAGAUAUAUUCUAACAUUAUACAUCCCCCUAAGGACAAUAAUUUAUAUAGUGGUACAGAUCUAAUUAAUGAUUCGUUAAAUAGUGAUCAACAUGUUGAUAUUUAUGAUGAAUUGCUCAAAAGGAAAGAAAACGAAUUAUUCGGGACUAAACAUCCAAAAAAUACUACAAAAUCUAAAUACAUUUCCAUUUGA